GGCAGGGUCAGGACAGCAGUGGGGCUGACCGAUGCCUGGCCACGGAGGCCACGCAAAUGGAAAAUCCCUGCUGCUGAGCAUCUUGUCGGCAGUGCUGCUUUGAAGACAAGGAGCCAGCCCCCGGCAGAGGUGGGGUCUCAGCACCCGGCUUUGCUUGCCCACUGGUGGGAGAGGAAGCCCCCCAGCACCCCCCCGGCUUGCCCACCAGCGUCUCUGCUGACGGAAGACAAGAGGGAGAAGGUGGAUAAGGGCAGGCAGCUUCUCCGAGCUCGAAGAGGAGAGCAGCGGCAGGAUUUCAUUAGCCUGCCUCUUAAGGCAGUGAAGUCUCCAUCCCCUCCCACACUCCUUCCUCAGCCCGACCUCAGCCUUCAUCUGGAGCUUUCCAACAAGCUCCAUGAAUUUCUACAUCAACUGCUCUGGCUCCAGGUUCCCCCUGCUCCAGCAAGACUUUCCAGUGGAGCCCAUUAGCCCUGAUUUCUGCAACAGGACUCACUCCGAGACGUUGUUUGACCCCAAGGACGCCAACCUGACAGAGGAGCAGCUGCGGAAUAAGUACCUGGGACCUCGACGGUCCAGCUUCUUUGUCCCCAUCUGUGUCAUCUACCUGCUGAUCUUCGUGGUGGGAGCAGUAGGCAACACGCUCACCUGCAUCGUCAUCCUCCGGCACCGGUUCAUGAGGACACCCACCAACUACUACCUGUUCAGCCUGGCUGUCUCCGACCUGCUGGUGCUGCUGCUGGGGAUGCCGCUGGAGCUGUACGACAUGUGGAGCAACUACCCCUUCCUGCUGGGUGCCAGUGGCUGCUAUUUCAAGACAUUGCUCUUCGAGGCCGUCUGCUUUGCUUCCAUCCUCAAUGUCACGGCCCUGAGUGUGGAGCGCUACAUCGCUGUGGUGCACCCGCUCAAGGCCAAGUAUGUGGUGACCAGGAACCAUGCCAAGAGGGUCAUCGUCACCAUCUGGGUCUUGUCAGUCAUCUGCUCCAUCCCCAACACCAGCCUCCAUGGUCUGCAGCCUCUCUACGUGCCCGGCCGGGGUCAGAUCCCCGAUUCGGAGAUCUGCACCCUGGUGAAGCCACGCUUGACCUACAACCUCAUCAUCCAGAUCACCACCAUCAUCUUCUUCUUCCUGCCCAUGGGGACCAUCAGUGUCCUCUACCUUCUCAUUGGCCUGCAGCUCAAGAAAGAAAAGAUGUUGGAGGCCUUGGGAGCCAAGUCCGGCAGUGGCCACGACUGCUGCAACACCCGCAGACAAAAGAAAGUCAAGAGGAGGCAGGUCACAAAGAUGCUGUUUGUGCUGGUGGUGGUGUUUGGGAUCUGCUGGGCCCCCUUCCACACCGACCGCCUUGUUUGGAGCUUCGUCUCCACCUGGACCAGCCACAUGCUCCACAUGUUCCAGUACGUCCACAUCAUCUCGGGUGUCUUCUUCUACCUGAGCUCGGCGGCUAACCCCAUCCUCUACAACCUGAUGUCCACCCGCUUCCGGGAGAUGUUCAAGGAGGUGAUGUGCCACCCUGGCCACCGCCUGCCACAGUCACAGAAAUACUCGCCCAGCGUCACCCACACCACCACCCGCAGCACUGAGUGUGAGCCCGUGCCCAGCACCAAUGGGAUGCCCCUCUCCGAUGCUGAGGAGUAUGAGCUGGAGGAGGUGGAGGGAGGCCAGGCCACCACCCAUGCAACGUCCCUCUGCUGAAGAGUGGGAGGACAUGGCGGGACUGGGACCAGCUUUCCCCACCACCAGCAUCCGAGUGCACCUAUCCCGUGGGGGGGAGCAGGACAGGAGUGAUGGAGGUGUCCCCACCUCUCUGUGCCAUCCUGCUGCGAUGCAGAGGCUGGUUUUCUCAGCAGUGCUGUUACGGUAACAUGGUGGUGGUGGCCACGCUGUGCCCCGGGAAUGCAUUGCACCUGCUGUGCUCAGCACCGGGGCUGGCCAAGGCCAGGGCAACCCUUGUGGUGUGGAGAUGGCCGACUUCUAUGUCAGCAAUAUGCCAGCAAUCCCCCAAAACAUCCCAUUCCUCCUGGCUCAGCCGUGUGAGCCCGUGGAUGUCAGGCACCUUGGGCUCUUUCGAGACACCAUGUGGGGUGGGUGCCCCAAGAGGUGCUUGCACCCAGCCUGAGACUCAAAGGGGAGGAGAGGUUUGCAUGGGAUGGAGUGGGGAGAAAAAGGUCUGCGGGUGUCUUCUCCCUCAAGACCUCUCCAGGGUUCUCUGGUACUGACAUGCCCCUGAUUUUCUUGCACAUCUCUUCUGUGGUGCCAGCCCGUGUCCAGCUGCAGGUGGCCAGGUCUGGCUCCUUGCUCCCAGCCUUCCUCCUGCCCCAGCCCCCCGAGGGCAAGGGAAGGAGCACUGCUGCUCCCUCUAGAGCUGGAGCCUGCAGGGGGGAAAUACAGGACAGUGGGAGCCCCAGGUUGCCUGCAGCUCUGUGCCUUCCCCCUGCCCCACAAACAUGCCCUGCUCUCCCCACUCCAAUAUGUAUCUGGCAGGUGCUACCCUCCUCCUCCUCAGCCCACCGCAGCCCCCUGUACCCUGGGGAAUACAGAGAGCCCUCCUCCAUCCCUGCCCUGCAUGGGCCAAGCCUCACUGUGAAUUAAAGAGAGCCAUUGGCCUGAUUUGUGCCCUUGUUGUGUUCCCCAGGACCCAGCUCUGCUCCCAGCAUAGGACUGAACCUGGGCCAUCCU